AUGUGGGAGUAUUACAGGCCAACGGUUGGCGCCGGCGGUCGGCAAACCUACGGAAGUAAGGGACUCGGAUCGGAUCGGUCUCGGCCGUCACCAAGCAAGCAGAGGCAACUGGUAAACAGAAACCUGUACGCGUGUAUCCCACGACGCCCUCACACAACCUUCAGGAAUGGGCAAGAAGCUAUCAACGUCUCAUGUAUGCAGCUUAAAUACGAGGAUUUAAAUAGACCUCCGUACUUCAAACUUUCGGAACGCAGGGCGAUGGAUGACGUACAACAAAGGUCACACUUGGCAAGAGAACAUAAGGCUGCCAAGUGGGAAUUCCUUAAAUGA